ACCAGAUACUAGAGAUUCCGGCUAUUAUUUUUUUUUAAACUUCUAUUGUUUGCUGGAAUGCGGAUAACCACCGCGUGGCAGUCCCUGUCUUACAGCUCCCCUUCCAGGCUAGCCCCCUAUAAUCCUCCGUAGCGUCACCGACAAACAAUGGGCUUUGUUUACACCAUGCAUUGGCUCAAGCAAGAAAGCAUCUAUCUUGUUUUCUCCGACACCGCCGCGUCCCCACAAUUCAUAUUCCUCUUGGUGGUCCACCUUGGUUAGAUUUUAAUUCUGCUCCUGCGGCGGGCUUGCAUGCAUGGAACCAGCUAAAGUUAGCUGGGGGGCUGGCUAUUAUUAUCCGAGUCUUGUCACUCUUGUGUUGGCUGAAAAGGGAAGACGGUCACUCGCUCAGCGCCUUCACCAAUUUUUAUAUGCACAUCUAAAGGGGGAUUUGCAACCUUGAUCACCCAAUUGAUAUGCCAGACACAUCAAUUUCCUCCUCUGAUUUUUUCGUGGCGUCGUGCACCGACGGCCAACGGAUGAGCUCUUGUCCGUUGGCCGUCGGUGGUUGUUACAGGUCGUACGUGUUUGCCGCAAAGUUAUAAGCGUUGCCUGGACAACCGCCACGCGCCCAAAACACUACCCGAUACGCCAUCGUAUCAUUCAGCUUGCAUCCUGCUUCACGUGCAUGUGAUCGCUGAAUCGUAUCUGGCAAAAAUACGGACCGGGUCCCGGGCUAUUCUUGAUUACCGAAUACGGCUCAAAAGAGUGUUGUCGUUGUCAAUUGAAUGUCGUUCUACACUGAUACGCUCCUGGUUUUUUUUAGUGACACUAUCAAGGAAAGCCCUCUAAUUGGGUAAAAGAGACCACAAACUUUGCUACCCCACCAGAAAUGACCGCUCUAGAGCCAAAUUGAUAAAGAAAUGAAUUUACAAGUACAACACCAUUUUACUAUAUAUUUUUCUUCCCAUGUAUACUCGCACAGCGUCAGUCGCAUCUCGCACCGCGUAGCCCGCCAGCACACGUGAUGUCUGCCGUACCAAUGUGGGGGAACAGCUUCUCCUGCCCCGCGGACGUCAUCGCGUGAGCCAGCAUUCCUCCGCGCUAGCAUUUUGCGCUGCCAUAUAAUUUUCUAUAUAUAAUUAUUUAUACAGCAUGAAGCAGCGGUUCUCGUCCCUCGACGUCAAGGCCAUAGCUCACGAGCUUCAGCAGACACUCGUCUCGCUGCGAGUCGCCAACAUCUACGACCUCUCGACCAAAAUCUUCCUCUUCAAGUUUGCCAAGCCAGACACCAAGAAGCAGCUCGUCAUCGACGUCGGCUUCCGCUGCCAUGUCACCGAAUUCACACGAGCCACGGCCGGCACACAGUCCGUCUUUGUGACGAGGCUGCGCAAGAUUUUAAAGACGAAGCGUCUCACGGCCGUCCGACAAAUUGGAACCGACCGAAUUAUUGAGUUUACAUUUAGCGAUGGCCAGUAUCGUUUGUUUCUCGAGUUUUUUGCCAGCGGCAACAUUGUGGUCACAGACAAAGACCUCAAAAUCCUCGCCAUUAACCGUGUCGUCUCUGAAGGUGAGGGUGGCGAAGCCCAGCAGAUUGGCCUCCAGUACUCUCUCGAAAACCGACAAAACUUCCACGGGAUCCCGCCCAUCAAUACCGACCGAGUAAAAGAGGCCCUCGCGAAAUAUACUGCUCCUGUUGCUGGCGCUGCUGGUGCUCCUACUGGGGCCAAGGCCAAAAAGUCGGACCUACGAAAACUUCUGGCGACGUCCAUUACUGAAGUGCCGCCGAUUUUGAUUGAGCACUCGCUCGAUGUCCAUGGCAUUGAUAUACAGACAAAGCCAGAUGCUAUUGCGGAGUCGCCGGACCAGCUGGAUUUGCUUGUCAAGGCACUAGCUGAUGCAGCGUCGACAGCAGAGACGAUUUUCACGGGAUCUCAAUGUAAAGGAUAUAUAUUUGCCCGCCGGCGAGAAACAAAGACAGACACAGAAGAGGCGGAUCCUGAAAAGGGCCUACUUUAUGACGACUUUCAGCCGUUUGUGCCGAAAAAGAUCAAGGACGACUCUUCAAUAACAGUAGUCGAGUUUGACAAUUACAACAAGACGGUGGACCAGUUUUUCUCGUCGCUCGAAGGCCAGAAGCUAGAGUCGAGGCUGAUUGAGCGCGAGAAUGCCGCGGCCAACCGCCUCAAUACGGCCAAGAGGGACCAAGCCAAGCGUAUUGAAGACUUGCAAGAAGCGCAGACACUCAAUAUGCGCAAGGCUGCCGCCAUUGAAGCCAACGUGGAGCGAGUCCAAGAGGCUAUGGACGCUGUCAGCAGUCUUGUCGACCAGGGUAUGGACUGGGUCGACAUUGGCAGGCUGAUUGAGCGUGAAAAGACCAAGCAGAACCCCGUCGCUCAGAUGGUUCACCUCCCUCUUAAGCUUGAGGAAAACACCAUUACUCUGCUCCUCAACGAGGCAGACGAGGAAGAAGAGGAAGACGACGACGAGGACAGCUAUUCCACCGACGAGAGCGAUCUCGAAGAAGAAGAAACCCCAACACCAAAGAAUGACAAGCCAACCAAGGCGCUCAAGGUAGACAUUGUACUUUCACUCAGCCCGUGGAGCAAUGCUCGCGAAUACUACGACCAGCGACGCACCGCCGCCUCCAAGGAGGAAAAGACACACAUUCAAAACGAAAAGGCUCUCAAGAGCGCGGAGCAAAAGAUCCAGACGGACCUGAAAAAGGUGCUCAAGACCGAAAAGGCGCUCCUCCAGCCCAUCAGACAGCCCAUGUGGUUUGAAAAGUUCUUUUGGUUCGUCUCGUCCGACGGAUAUCUGGUGUUAGCAGGCAAAGACCCGGCCCAGCACGAGCUUCUGUAUAAACGCCAUCUGGGCAAGGGCGACGUCUUUUGUCACGCCGACACAAAAGAUGCCUGUGCUGUGAUUAUCAAGAAUAACCCACUUGCACCAGACAGCCCUAUCCCGCCUACUACGCUGUCGCAGGCUGGCAACUUUUGCAUCUGCUCGUCGGCGGCGUGGGACUCCAAGGCAGGCAUGGGCGCGUGGUGGGCAAACGCCUCACAGGUGUCUAAACUGAAUGCUGCCGGCGAGGUACUGCCCAAUGGAGAGUUUUAUGUUCAGGGUGAAAAGAACCAUUUACCCCCGGGCCAGCUGAUUAUGGGUCUUGGACUGAUGUUUAAGAUUUCGGAUGCAAGCACGGCGAAUCACCUGAAGAAUAGGCCGGGAAUCUACACUGGCUAUGUGCCCAAGACGGACCCAGCGGCUGAGGUGCCUACUGACCAGGCUGCUGCGGACGCUCAGUCUGAGACGGAGUCUGUUGCCGAUUUGACUGACGAUGAGGAUGCCAAGAACGAGGCCGCAGCUCAAGAGAAGGACAAGAAGGCAGAUGCUCCAGCAGAAGCAGCAGAGUCUCUAAAGAAGCUAGAAAUUGAAGAGACGGCCGCCCCAGACGCUGAAGCAGCUCCCGCAGAUGAAGCCGAGGGUGACGAUGACGAUAAGGAUUCAGCUCGAGACUCACCGGCGCCCAGCUCCAAAGGCGCACCUAAGCGCGGCCAGCGCAGAAAGGCCAAAAAGGUAGCAGCCAAGUACAAAGACCAAGACGAAGAGGACCGACUUGCCGCAGAAGCUUUGCUGGGUUCUGCCCUCGGCGCGCAGCGGGCCGAAGCCCGCGCUAAAGAACGAGAAGACCGCACCGCAUGGCUCGAGGCAGAACGCGCGCGUAAGCAGGCCGUCAAGUCGCGGCAUGAUAAGCAGACCAAGGAAUUCGAGAAGCAGCGCCGCGCCAACACCCAGGCUGAAGCAGACGGGUACGUCGAGCAGCCGCUCGCGCUGCUAGAUGGACUUGUGGGCACACCGUCCGCCGGCGACGAGAUUGUCGAUGUGGUUGUCGUGUGUGCGCCCAUCUCGGCGACCACGAAGCUCAAGUACAAGAUCAAGAUGCAGCCUGGCCCGCAGAAGAAGGGCAAGCUUGUGCGGGAGGUGCUGGAGCGGUGGAAGAUUGAUUCGGCGCGCAAGGGGGUCGUGGAUGAGCAGGCGACGGAUAGUGGGCGGAUGUGGCCGCGGGAGGUGGAGUUGAUGAAGGGGCUGAAGGCGGAGGAGGUUGUGAAUGUGGUGCCUGUGGCGAAGGCGCGGGUGAUGUUGUCGGGGGGUGCGUCUGGUGGGAAGGGGAGUGGAAGUGGUGGUGGAGGUAAGGGGAGUGGCGGUAGAGGGAAUGGAGGCAAGUCGAAGAAGUAAAGUCAAAGAGCGUCUGGUUGAGGAGUUUGUAGACUGUGAAUAUAUGAAGAUGGUUUACAUAGAUGGGAUGAUGUUCAUGAAUACAUGGUUACUGAAUAUGAAGAUGCAUGGGAGUCAUGUCAGUCUUUGACUUAUAUAUGCAUGUCAUGGCAUACAGUUGACUUGUAGUUGACUUGCAGUUUACAAAAGCAUAUAUAUUAUAUAAAACAAACAUUUACAAAUUAUAU